ACAAUGACGCAAACUCAUAGAUCAGAUCAUUUGAUUCCAAGAGUGCAACUGUAGCAAGAUCAGAAGGCUGCCGGGUAUAGCAACAUCCUUACAGAGUAGAUAGUUGAUUUAUAGUGAUUUGGACGACUGUUGACCAUGGGUCAAGAGAUGUCAGCUAAAAACCAGCGGUGUCAUCUAAACUACGAGAAAAGCUAAAGAGUUUGCAUCCAAAACAGUCAUGAGCUCAGGCAAAGAAAAGCCUCCGUUGGCCCCCAAACCAAAGAUACCUGCAGUUCAGCCACAAAGGCUGGGGUGGUCUCCCUUGUCUUCCAAACGAAAUGGCCUGUCCCUGGCUUCUCCCGCUACACCUAGGAGUAUCAAACCAGCCUUGGCUCCCAAACCGGACCUCCACAAAAUCACCACCAGGGAUAAGUCCAUACCGCUGUCAUCAAAGACAGUCCAUCAGACCAUGGUGCAAGAGAAGUCGGAGAUCUCAAGAAGUGUAGGUUUUCUGAACUCCCAAAAUGGAAUACAACAUGAGAACAAGAAACCCGAUUGGGAUUAUAUUAUUCCCAUCUGUCUAUGUAGUCAGGAGAACUGUCAGUGCCUAAGGAAAUCACACAUAGCAGAGAAAACAAUGAGCAAAAUAGAGAAAAACUUGAAAACAUUGCAGAAGUGUCACUCAGAGGAAUCUGUUCCCAGGUAUCAAGCCAAAAAAGACAACAUUGGAGAGACAAAGGAGAGUCCUCACACUAGCCGUCUACCAGAUGUUUGUCUUCCCUCUCAAUCCAUCAGUUGUCAUCCAAAACAGCCAAACCACCCAGAGGAAACACCCAUACAUAAUCAAUUGAAAACACUCAAUCAGAACUUUAACUCUGUGAUUGAUACCCUACAUCCUAUGUUGAAACCCUCCCUUCCUCACAGAACCCAAAGGGCCAAAACCAAUGGCAACGUCAUUGAUCCUUCUGGUUCAACAAGGUCAGACACAGAGGAGGAGCUCACCAGCUCUACUGGCAUGCCUGGUACAUCCAUCUCCAGUCCCAACUCUGUUCCAGCAGGCCCUAGGAAACCCUUCCCUGUCCCUGUCCCACGGAAACCCAGGAAGGCCGCCCUUGCCAGGCAGGAAAGGGUGGAGGAAGGCAGCGAGGAGAGGGAGGGGACUGUCAGUGAGGUGAUGGUGUCAGUGGAGAAGAAGAGCGACCAAUCCUCCCCGCCAGCGCCUCCUGCCAGGAAGAAACCCUAUCUGUCUGGACCUCUAAGGGCCCAGGGCUUCUCCCCUCACCAUGAGCCUCUACCACAGGACAUGGAGGAGGAGGAGCUGGUGUGGAGAGACUGCGUCCAUGAAAUGGAGAUCUCAGUAGAUGAGGAGGAUGACGAGAAAGGGAGCAAUGAGAACCAGGGGGUCUACUGUAAUCUCAUUUGUCAUCCACGUGUGACAAGUCAACCAAAACAGCUGGAACUCAGCCGUCACUUACCCCUCACUGUGGCAACUGGCAUCAUAUCAGAAGAAGAUGGGGUUUUCAAGAUGACCCCCAAGAUGCCUCAGACAAACAGCUCCCCAACAUGGAUGCUGCAACAGGAAUUAUCAGAGGAGGCCGGAGAAGAAAAGACUGCAGAAGGUGAAGGGAGACCCAGCCUUUCUAAGACAACUCAAGAUGGUGGUCUAAAUAAUAAAGCUAUGAGGGUACUUCCCCCACCCCCUGAGAAGAAACCAGGAAGGGUCUUUAAUCAGACACCUGCUCUCCACAAGGGCAAGACAAACGGCACACCAACCAAGCCCUCUCGUUCCAGCCAGGGAAAGCAGAGAGCCAAGUCCUUUUCUUCUGCGGACAUCACACCCUCUGAGGGACAGAAACGAGGCUCUUUCCGGAGACUUCUAGACUUGAAGCUAUCUGUGAAGAUGCUGCCCAACCUGUUAAUCAAAGGAGGCAAGACACUGGAAGGUUCAACCGAGGAGACACAGCAGUGUGUGGACGGGCUCCCACGUGACCUACAGGACAAUCUCGGGGUGCGGGUUUGGGGCGAGCGCAAGUUCUCCUGUCCCCUGAUUGGCUUGGAGCAGAGCGUAGACGGAGAUGAGUUCUGCUCCGGAGCGGAACAGGCUGUGGAAUAUGAAAACGUGCCCCUGUAUGAGGAGAUCCCAGAGUACAUCAACCCAGCCGUAGGCAGUGCAGUGUCGUCACCUGUGGCAUUUCCUGCCGGAAAGAACUACAUGUAUGAUGACGAGAACAUAUAUGAGGAACAGGAGCCCUAUAUGCCCUUGGACAAGUACAAUCAACAGCAACAGCCACACAGAGAAACUAAGAGUGCCUGUAUCGAUGUAUCUGAUGACCACUCAGAUGAGGAUAUGGUCCACAGCUCGGAUGAGGAGGAGAAUGAAGAUGACAACAGCUCCAUUUCCAGUAAAGGAGACCCGGAGCAGCCUGGGGAGAGUGAGGUUUACAAUGUACCCAAGAAGAGCAAGAUAGUCCACAUUGCUCAUGAGAUUAUGAGCUCUGAACACGUGUUUGUUGAUGUCCUGAAGCUGCUCCACAUCGACUUUCGGCAUGCGGUGGUCGAGGCCUCUCGUCAAACUGGGAAGCCUGUGAUUGAGGAGAGGGUUCUGAACCAGAUCCUUUACUACCUCCCCCAGCUGUAUGAGUUGAACCAAGACCUGCUCAGAGAGCUGAAGGAAAGAGUGGCUAAAUGGAAUGAACAUGAUCGACUGGCUGACAUAUUUGUGAAGAAGGGGCCCUAUCUGAAGAUGUACUCUACAUAUAUCCGGGAGUUUGACAAGAAUGUGGCCCUACUGGAUGAGCAGAGUAAGAAAAACUCUGCGUUUGCUGGACUGGUGCGGGAGUUUGAGGCUAGUCCUCGCUGUGCCAACCUGGCUCUGAGGCAUUACCUUCUGAAGCCGGUUCAGAGGAUCCCCCAGUAUCAACUUCUGCUCACAGACUACCUGAAGAACUUGGCCCCUGACUCAGCCGAUUACAAAGACACACAAGCGGCUCUGGGCAUAGUGAAGGAGGUGGCUAAUCAUGCUAAUGACAUCAUGAAACAGGGGGAUAACUUCCAGAAGCUGAUCCAGUUGCAGUGCAGUUUGAAUGGCCACCAUGAGAUCGUCCAGCCUGGGAGGGUGUUCCUGAAGGAGGGAAUCCUGAUGAAGCUGUCCAGGAAGGUUAUGCAGCCUAGAAUGUUCUUUCUGUUCAAUGACGCGUUACUAUACACCACCUCUGUCCAGUCUGGCCAGUAUAAACUCAACAACAUGCUCUCUCUGGCUGGAAUGAAGGUGAGCAAGCCCAGUCAAGAGGCCUAUCAGAACGAGCUGAACAUAGAGAGCGUAGAACGUUCCUUUAUACUAUCUGCCAGUUCUGCCACAGAGAGAGAUGGCUGGUUGGAAGCCAUCUCCACAGCUAUUGAUGACUACACAAGGAAGAAGAUCACCUUCAUAUCCAGUAAAAGCUUGGAGGAGGUAGAGACACAGCACAUUGGCAGUGGGUCACCAUUGGGCUCCACAGCACCUAUCUGGAUCCCAGACCUGAGGGCCACAAUGUGUAUGAUCUGCACCUGCGAAUUCACCCUCACCUGGAGACGACACCACUGUCGUGCUUGUGGAAAGGUGGUGUGCCAAGCUUGUUCCACCAACAAACACUGUCUGGAAUACCGAAAGAACCAGCUGGCUCGAGUGUGUGACCAGUGUAUCUUCGUCCUUCAGGAGCAGAGACGGGACCAUACAAUGUUACUUUCCCCUGUGGGAAAGUCCUCUUUUGCCUUCUCUAGGAAACAGAAAAAGAUUCCUGCUGCCCUCAAAGAGGUGACAGCAAAUACAGACAACUCCUCCAUGAGUGGAUACCUGCAGAGGUCAAAGGGCAACAAGAAGCAGGGGAAGAGGCUCUGGUUUGUCAUCAAGAACAAGGUUCUGUACACAUAUGCUGCCAGUGAGGAUGUGGCAGCAUUGGAAAGCCAGCCGCUGCUUGGUUUUAUACUGAAAGAAGAGUUUAUUCAUAAGCUCCAGUUCAAGCUCUACCAUAAAAACACACUCUACUACAUUUUCAAAGCAGAUGACCCCCAAACAACUCAAAGAUGGAAAGAUGCAUUCAAAGAAGCCUCAGUGCUCUGAUCCUCUUUCUACAACCCUGCAGAAUUUGCAUAGUAAUUAAUUAUAUCUGAAUGUGAAUAGAUUAGGAUAUGACUUAAUCACAGAAGUGGAGACUGGUUUGAUGUAAUUAAUAACAGUGUGAAUACAUUGGCAUAGAUAUCCAACCAAAUGAAGGACUGUUCAGAAAUGAACGACACAUUUGAUUGUUACCAUAAGCCUAAUUUAGCCAUAAAGCACUGGUGCCAAAGUUAUAGUUUGUGUAAAUAUAGCAUGGGGGACCUAAGUAAGAGACAAUGUGCAGAUGUAUUACACAUGCACUAAAUGAAGGAGCAUUGAGUAACAGUUCAACAUUUCAAGGGGACUAGGAACUGUAAAUAUGUAUCUGGGGGAAUUGCCCCAAUCUACACAUUACUGUACAAUGAAUGUUAAGUCAGGGAAAAUUGUGUAAUUGUUACUAUCACAUAACAUUUACUGAGGUUAGCAAUUGUUCAAGUUUCUUUUUGACAAUUCACAACUUUUGAAUGACCAAUUCACAGGGUUAUGGUAAGAGAAACUGAAAUUAGAUUCACACAUCAUUUUUUAACUUUAUGUAUACAUUAAUAUUUCCGAUUAGUUACAUUCAUCAGUACACAUGAUUUGUUUGUUUUUAGGCUAUCUUGCUUUUAAUAUUGAUGUAAAGUCCUAAUUUAGUAUGUAGGUAAUUGUGCUCUCAGAAGAAAA